AUGGCAUUUAUCCUCGCAGAAAGUGCGCCAUGGCACGCUGGCGAGGUGAAAAUGCACAGCCUGAUGCAGGUGCCCUAUGAGGAUGACCCGACGGCCCCCAAUCUUACUCCUGGCGGAGGAUAUUUUGUGCAGAUGGCACCCCUGAUGGCUAUAGGGACGCUCGAUAAACAAGGUCUUCCGUGGACCACCGUGCUAGGCGGCGCUGCUGGCUUUGCGGGCCAGAUUGCGCCUUCAAUCCUUGCUGUCAGGAACACCGUGGAUAGAAGAUACGACCCUGUCAUAGAAGCGCUAUUGGCUGGUAAAAGUGACGGGGAGAUUGUCAAAUUCAAUGAUCCUGGGAGGCUGAUGUCUGCAUUAUCCAUCGAUUUGGGGUAUAGACGACGGCUGAAGCUAAUGGGACGAAUGGUUGUGGCCUGUGUGAACGAGAACGAUUCAGGCCAGAAUAGAUCUGACCACACUGGAAUGGCACAGCUUGUUUUCAAAGUUACAAACAGUCUAGGGAAUUGCCCUAAAUACAUAAACAAGAAGCAUAUCAGUCCAGCGACUCCAGAGCCGAACUUGGUAUCUGACUCUCCACAGCUUCCCCAAGGUGCUGUCGACCUGCUUAACAGGGUUGACACCCUAUUUCUGUCAACUUCUCAUCAUCGUGAAUCCAUGGACACUAAUAUUCGCGGCGGGCCGCGUGGAUUCGUUCGAGUCCUUUCAAACGAACCUACCGGAGCUGUCCUCGUCUAUCCAGAGUAUUCAGGAAAUCGCCUUUAUCAGUCGCUGGGGAAUCUACAGACGACGCCGCAGGCCGGCUACGUCUUUCCGGACUUCGAAACCGGGAAUGUUCUCUAUGCAACCGGUAAAACUGAGAUCUUUGUGGGUGGAGAUGCAGCUGCUCUUCUACCUCGCUCCAACCUCGCGGUCAAAGUCACAUUGACGGCUGCACGAUAUGUCGAAAAGGGCCUUCCUUUUAUUGGAAAGCCUGGUGAGCCGUCUCCCUACAACCCGCCCUUGCGGUACUUACCCACCGAGAAAGUGGCUCCUGGUACGCAGUUGCCAGAGGGUAAGGCGGUCUCGGCGAGAUUUAUCAAAAAGGAGGUGAUUACGCCAACUAUCAAUCGGUUCCGUUUCCAGAUAUCAGAUCCAUUAGUAGUAGGCAAAUGGAUCCCGGGCCAGUAUGCAACCAUUUCGUUCCAGGAUGAGCUUGAUAUGGGAUACAGUCAUAUGAAGGAGGACGACCCUACCAGCAUUAACGAUAAUUACAUCCGCACGUUUACAGUGUCCUCACACCCCCAGCGGAAGCUAGCAGACAAUGAAUUCGAGAUUACGGUGCGUAAGCACGGCAGAGUCACGAACCACUUGUUCAGAUCUAGUGAGCGAAGCGCCAUGGAGGUCUCUCUGCGUGGCUUUGGAGGAGACUUCCGAUUCGAAAAUCUUGACAACGAUGGUAGAAUUAUCCCCUUUGUUGUUGGUGGGAUAGGGAUCACCCCAGUCAUUGCACAACUACAUACGAUCGAGUUUUCUCGAUUGCGGCUAUAUUGGUCAGUGGCCGCACAAGAUAUUGCGCUUGUCCACGACACUUUUGAACAAUUUCCCGGCCUCCCAAAGUCAACAGUGCUUUUCCUCACGGGCUUAGAGCGGGCGAAGGCCAAUUUUGGGGAAAAGGAGCAGGGAAUGUUGAAGUUUGUUCUGGAGUCUGGUGCCGAAGUGCAAGAGCGCCGUUUGACUGCCGACGAUUUAGUUCUUGACGGUACAGAGGAGUGGUAUCUUUGUGGGAGCGCCGGCUUAAGGAAGAAUGUGCUGAGUUGGCUCAGCGGAAAGAGAGUAGUAUAUGAAGAUUUUGAUUAUUGA